UCUUGAUGUGGGGUCAUGCUGCUUCUCCGACAACCUCACAAGACAACAUCGUUGAACAGAACACGGGAACUACCAAGAUAUAAACCCAGGGUCCUCGAUCUGCUACUUGGACCUGAUGAAUUUGAAUCUGCUAAUCUUAUAGCAAGGUACCUCGCCAAACUAACAAUGUCGGAAGCUUUGUUUACAAAAGAGCGCCAUAUCAGAUAUUUCCUCCGAUGCCUCAAGACAUUCCUGCCAGACUUGUAUACAUCCAAUGAUUCCAAUCGCAUGCUUCUCGCCUUCUUCACUCUCGCCGGUUUAGAUUUACUCAAUGUUCUAGAGAGCAAAACAACCCCGGAGGAACGACAAGGAUACAUCGAAUGGAUAUACCAUUGCCAGGUUCCUUCUGGCGGCUUUCGAGGGUUCCCAGGAACAGACUUUGGCGAUGAGAGGCGUACGCGGGAAAAUGAAGCUUGGGACCCGGCGAAUGUGCCUUCGACGUUCUUUGCGCUAGUCAUUUUGCUCAUUUUGGGAGACGAUCUGUCGCGGGUCAAGAGGGUCGAAUGCCUUCGGUGGCUGCCUAAAAUGCAGCGUCCAGAUGGGAGCUUUGGGGAGGUCCUUGGGCCCGGGGACAAUGUGGAGGGUGGCGGUGAUCUGCGGUUUUGCUGCUUCGGCGCUGGCACGCGGUACCUGCUCCGGGGAAAGAGUGAUGCUGGUCUUGACGGCAUUGAAGAUAUAGACGUGGGGAAGCUGGUAGAGUUCAUCGAGUCGUGUCAAGCAUACGACGGUGGAAUGGCAGAAGGGCCCUUUUGCGAAGCACAUUCUGGUCAUACAUACUGUGCAAUCGGCGCCUUGACGUUUUUGGAUCGCCUGUCUAGCAGCCCGAAGAGAGUCCCUCUCAUCUCAUCUGGCUCUGAGCAGCAUGAAUCUCUAGUCCGUUGGCUCGUCUCAAGGCAAACGACAGAGCUAGGCGACGAAGAAGACAGCGAUGAAGACUCUGAUGAAGGUCAAGAAAUUGACAACGCGGACGACCUAACCAAGGCCGUAGCCGGGCUCAGCCUUGACGAGAGCAUCAGCAAGCUUCCUCAUGUACUAGGCCCUAGUGCAGAGACCCUACAAUGGGCUGGCUUUAACGGACGGUGUAACAAAUAUGCAGACACUUGCUAUUCAUUCUGGAAUACUGCAACUCUAGAUAUGUUAGGAAAACUGCCACUGGUCGACGCAGCGGGAAACAGGAAAUACCUGCUGGGAAAGACGCAGCAUCUUGUUGGCGGAUUUGGAAAAGGUGUCGGAGAACCGCCUGACCUCCUUCACUCCUAUUUUGGUAUGGUUUCGCUCGCCUUUCAAGGUGAACAGGGGUUGGACAGGAUUGACCCUGCGCUCUGUGCUACACACCGGACUGUCCAGCGUCUGUAUGCCCUUCCUUGGUGGCAAGGGACGGAAUGACUUGCUUUGAAUUGUACACAUUUAUAGAGUUGCAAUAUACCCCAAGUGCACCCAAUAAAUCACAUGAGGAGCUCCACAUAAGCAGCAGAGUUGGAGGCGUGGGAUGGGAUUCGAUGCGUGUUCGAGAAGGCGACACGAUCGCCUCCAAGCGUCCAAGCCACCCUCCGAUGUACACAGUCCACUUCGGCUGUGUGCGUGCGGCGUAGCCUAUCCUGGGACCUGGGCUGUGAUGCAAUCGUCUCAUACGACGAACAGGCAGGCCAAUCAAUUAGCAAACCAGGGCACUGGGGCAACUCCCAAAAGGAGAGAAACUUGCUAUCUCUAAAUCCUAUCCACUGGCGGCAGGCUAGCGAAAACUAGUGGAAUAUGUCAUCGACCUCUGAUGCUAAAAUUGCAGCACUUCAUCUUCAGACUCAGGGGUUAAGAAUCCACCACGGGACAGCUGACGACAAGAGGCGCUGGAGAAUUAAUCGUUAGACUCCUGGUUAUUGCGAUUCUCUGAUGGCGAUUUCCACAAUUUCAAUCCUUCUCACGAGAAAGCAUCAUUGUGCCUAGGCUACAGCAAAAGUCAAGACUGGUAUUGUCGAUGGAGUCUUCCUGAGGUAAACAGUUCUCGUUGUAGUCGCAGAACAAGCCCACAUCUCGAAUCUCAUAGAUCGUAAUCUUAAUCCAACAAUGACAGAAACGGCCCACGUUUCCCACCAAUCGAGCGGACGCCUAAAUUAAAGUAGACGUUGAUGGAGCUGCACUUGCAGAGUGUCUCGCAUCCAAGAGAGCCUUCCCCUCAGUCCGCUCGGAGCUUCGUUGAAACUUGGAAGAUUCUUCCCUGCACGUCCGUCUUUCCCUAUAUUCGUUUCCCUCGUCUAUUAUUUUGAUUGUAUGAUUCUUAAUAAUAUAUCCUCUGUGUUAAGUAAGAGCAGACCACUUAACGUCAUCUAUUCCUUUUCGCCUCCGUUCCCGCCGACCGCGCUGCCCUGGUUCCUGUUCCUGUUCCCAUUCCACAGCCUCCCGCAAAAAAAAAGUCCAACGCUGACAACAACUUCAAAUUCUAAUCUCCGACUCACCUUUCCCUCAAGAUCGAACCGCAGCGGGAAUUGAUUCAAGCUCGUCCGAAUAUCCGGCAGAGAUAAAUGUCUCCCGCCUCGCCCAACUCGGCCGUUUGAUAGCUUCCCUCGCCCCCGGACUUGCCCCCGUUUGGCCGCAGAGUCCGCCCCUUCAAACAACGUCUAUCCUUAGCCCGUCUCGGUCAUUGAAUGGCAGCCUCAAAGCUUUCGCAAUCGACCGGCGAGCCCAUACAGUCCAGUAUACCAGACAUAUCCCGCUCCGCAGGCUUCCCCAGGGUAGGCGGAGCUCCCCUUGGAACACAUGCCGCCUCCCAGGACCAGAGCGGAGGUCCAAGCCCAGAAGCAAAAGGAAAAACUUGCCCAGUCCUACAAUGAACUUCUCAAAGAGUUCUCCUCGAAAGACCUCCGGAACGUCGGGAACUAUACACUUGGGAGACUGAUUGGGAAGGGAUCCUUCGGCAAAGUGUAUCUUGCUUCGCAUAAACUCACCAAUGGCUCAAAGGUUGUUCUCAAAUCAUCAAACAAGGAAGACACGAAUCUAGCCCGGGAGAUUCAUCACCACCGCCAAUUCCUCCAUCCUCAUAUUGCGCGCCUUUACGAGGUUAUCGUGACCGAAAAGCUUGUCUGGCUAGUCCUCGAAUAUUGUCCUGGUAAGAGCCACGCGAUUCCAGAUGAUGGGGCCAUCUAACGCAGCUAGGUGACGAAUUGUACAAUUACCUC